CACCGUGACCUCAAGUUUGAAAACAUCAUGUUUGAAUCCAAACAUCCCGAAGCGGCCAUAAAAGUAAUUGACUUUGGUUUAUCCAAGGAGUACUCACCUAACAACCAUAUUUUGACGGAACGUGUGGGGACCCUCUACAGUAUGUCGCCGGAAACAUUACAAGGCAUUUACACCAAUCAAGCUGACUUGUGGAGCAUUGGAGUUUGUACAUACAUGAUGUUAGCGGCAGGGGAUAAGCCUUUCGAAGGCAAAACACCCAAGCAGUUGGUGGCUAAGAUAUUGAUGGGCAAAUAUGAUUUCGAGGCGGAGGUAUGGAAGGAUAUUUCACCCGAAGCCAUCUCUUUUAUUCACAGUCUAUUGGUUGUUCAACCAGAGAAUCGAUCAUCCGCUACGGACGCAAUGCGUCACGGUUGGUUGACACAUGCCACCCGACAAAAUUCGGAUCACUCGUCCGUGGAUGAUAACUUUCGGCAGCGCGUCAAGCAAGGUAUUAUUCGGUAUUCCAACCUCGGGGAUUUUCGGAAACUUGCUCUCAAUGUGGUCGCUAAGAAGUCGACCUCCGCGGAGAUUUUUGAGAUACGAAAAGUCUUUGAAGAGUUUGAUACAAAUAAUACAGGAACGAUUACGCUGCCAGAGUUUAAGGCUGCAUUGGAACAUUUCGACUAUUCCGAAGGAGAUCUUAUGGAAAUUUUUCGCAAAGUGGACGUCAACAAGAACAAUGUUAUCAACUUCACAGAGUUUGUUGCUGCCUGCAUAGAGACGCAAGGUCAUAUAGAAGAGCAUCGUUUAGGUGAAGCGUUCGAUUUUUUGGACUGCGACGACAGUGGAUACAUUUCAAAAAAAAAUUUGCGGCACAUAUUGGGAGAACGCUGCAAUGAUCAAUACAUUGAUUGUUUAAUUCGCGAAGCGGACUUCAGAAAGGACGGCCAAAUAAGUUAUGAAGAUUUCUUA